AAUUUCUCGAAUAAAUAUGACUCAGAUAAAAAGUCAUUAAUUUUUGUUAUCUCCGUACGCUUUUAGUUCCUUUGCAUAUAUAAUGUGUUAGUUUGAACUUUUCUUAUUAUUGUUAAAUAUUGUAAGAUGGAAAUAUCAAAUAUGAAUACAAGGUUUUAUCGCGCAUGAGUACGGUGCUGUAAGGCGGUACAAGCGUGCAACAACAAGGAUGAUUUUUACCAUCGAUGAUUUUCACCGCGUUAUAUCGCAUUUCUGGCACUGUGGCACGGCGCGUUCACAUAUCGAUCCAGAUUCCAGAGUGAUCCAGGACACCUGGAUGCGAUCUGUUAUUUAAUACCUGGUGGCAUCAUUAUAAAGCAGCAUUAGGGAUAUUAUUUUACAGCAUCGUUCCACUUCCGCACUAGCUACGAAAUCUGUUUUCAUGAUUUGGCCGAACCGUGUCCAAAUAUAUACUGUGCGUUCUUGUCCAAUUAUUUAUAAAGGUGACGGUUGAUUUUUCACGAUAGCUAGCAUUUCCGAGUCCGUGCGCAUCUGCCAUCGGAGAAGAAACCUUUAAUUUAUGCCCUCAUCGUAUAAAGAAUCCUCGGCAGCACGAUGAUCAUCACGCCUGUAGCAGCUUCCCAAGAAUUAACAAAGGACGCGAGGAACAAACAAGAGCAAGUGGCGAUCAUGCGGCUACGCCGUUUGUGGGAGGAGCGCUUUCAUCCGACAGAAAAAGGCUGGGGCGUCUUCGACAUCGCGCUGAACAUGGACAAAAACAUUCUACUCAUUGCGGCAUUUGAGAAGGGUUUCUACCGAUUCCGGCUGGAUCAGACCACCGGCGCCAUAACGGAGAAGGUGCAGAUUAAAGAGAAAUCUGGCCACCGCGGCUUCGUCAUCAAAGUGUCCUGGCAGAAUUCCGGAAAACGAUUUGCCACAUGUGGCACUGAUCAGCUUCUCAUCAUUUGGAAGGAUGAUUAUACCGUGGAAAAACAGAUCCGUAUAGCCGAAGUGCCGCAGUGCAUCGCGUGGAAUCCCAAACCGCAACAUGCACAUUUACUGUGCGCCGCCGCAUCGGAAUUGAUUAGUGUGAAUUUACCGAGGGAUCCGCUGUUCUAUCGCAUGCAGAGCACCAUCUGGAGUAUUGCAUGGAAUAACGCGGGAGAGAUUUAUGCUCUGGGAUUAGAUAACGGCGCUGUGAGUUUGCGGGAUCGUCGAGAUGCUGAAAUCUGCAUCAUCCACCGAUCGGCUCAUCCCGUUUGGUAUCUGUGCUGGGCACCCACUGAUUCACCGCGGAGUGGAUUGUUGACUGUGGCCGACUGGAAUCGUACGAUAUCCUUUUACGAAGCGACCGGCAAACAACGCGGACAGGACUACAACAUUGGAUUUCUGCCGUUGUACUUAACGUAUUCCGCUGAUGGGCAGAUCAUGUACGUCUGCGGAGGAGAUAAAAAAGUACAUGCGCUUAGCACCGAAUGUGCCUACAUCGGCAAGGUGGCGGAUUUACGCAGCUGGCCUCUGAAGUGCAUUCAACGCCGACAGGAAGCCAGUAAAGCGGAUUUUCUGGUGGUCUGUGGAGACGGGAUGCUUAACCUGGUGGAGACCGUGUAUCAGAAAUGCUCUCACAUCCAUUACGCGACAUACGCAUCGCGAGAAGCUUUAGUCAAUGUUCUCAUCCGUGGAUUGGAGAGAAAUCGCGAAGUCACGAUUCCGGUGCAAGAUUCUAUUAGGAAAAUUGCGGUGUAUCGUAAUAUGCUGGCCGUAGCGGUCUCCGAUGCGGUGCUGGUAUUCCGGCAAAAUCCCCACGAAAUGAUGCUAAAAUAUGAAAGUCUUGCUCGCAUCGAGCAAACUAUCGACUGCAACCAAAUGCUGCUGGCCGCCCAGCACCUGGUUCUGGUUAAUGCGACAUCCUUUCAAACCCUGACCUUUACCGGCCACAUCGAACAGACGUGGAUGACCGGGGAGGAAAUUCGCUAUAUUAAAGUGAUCGGUGGCAGACCGGGUGGCGAAAUGGUCUUGCUAACUCUGCAGAACGGCAACAUUGCCAAGAGUAUGCUAAAUGUGCCCUUCCUGCACGUCAUCGUCAAAGUGCCCACGGUGCCGGUGUGCGCUGAUCUUAAUCAGAAUUUGUCCAAGCUGGCUGUGGUGGGGGAGAACUCCGUGUUGUAUGUGUACGAUAUGGAGAGUAAGCGGUUAUUGUACCAAGAACCGAGUGCGGAUAGUUGUGCGUGGAAUUUGAAUCAUCCAGAUAUGAUUGCGUACUCGAUGCACUCGUUGUUGAAGAUCAAACUGGGUGAACAUAAAGCCCAUACGCGAAGGAUGGAGGCGCCCUUGAAUGGGAUGGUGGUGGGAUAUGCCGGCAGUAAAGUGUUUUAUGAAACCGAUGGGAAGAUUGUAGUUGUGGAUGUUCCACACGCUAUGUUGAUUCAUCAAAGUAUGGAGGCGAAGAAUUUUAAGGAUGCGUACGAUAUUGCAUGUUUUGGCGUUUCGGAAAGCGACUGGAAGAUGCUAGGAGCUCGGGCACUGGAAAAUCUCGAGUUCGCCGUGGCAAAAAACUGCGUGAGAAGGGAAAGGAACUAUCCUCUGCUAAUGCUGAUCGACGAAAUUGAGCAACGCAGUAAAGUGGGAGACGGGAAUGCCGAUUUGUACCGGGGAGAGAUAUUCGCUUUCCAAGGCCGGUUUGACGACGCAGCACGAUGUUUUAGUGCUGGUGGACGAUCGGAAUUGGCGGUGAAACUGUUCACUGAUCUGCGCCAAUUUGCCCAAGCCGAGCAGUGGGCGACGACGGAAGAGCAGCGUAAAGCGCUCCUGGAAAUGCGUGCUGAUUGGGCAGUCAAAGCCGACAAUAAACGUGACGCGGUGGAACUGUUUCUACAGUUGGGUGAUGUGGGCAGGGCACUGGAAACCAUGAAGGAUCUAGGGUGGGGAAAGAGGAUUUGGGAUACAGCCAGAACGCUGGAUUCGAUUAGUCAAAGGGAUCUUAUCGCAACGGCCGCCAAUUACCUUCGGGAUAUGAACGAUGUAAUGUCAGCGGUAGAACUGUACGAGCGCAUCAAGGAAAUUUCAGUAAUUGUUGAGAUCAUGCUGAAACAAGGCGACUGGACCUAUUUGCUGUCACUGGCCGAUCGGCAGCCCUUUUACCGGGAGAUGAUCCUCAUGCCAUACGGCCAGCACCUCAUUGAACAUGACCGUUUUACCGAAGCGCAGUCGGUGUUUGCGCGAGCCGGGCACCCGGAAGUGGCCACCGCCAUCCUGUCUGAACUAGUUACUAUUGCCAUCGACAUCCGUCGCUACAGUGAUGCCGCGUUCUACAACUGGCUUUGCGGGCGAAAUGCGGAAACAGCUGCGGAGAAUGACGACAAGAAAUCCAAGGAAGCUGAAAAAUUCUGUGAUCUGGCAGAUAUUUAUUAUGCAUACGCCAUUGUGGAUGCUGCUGUGGAAGAUCCUUUUAGUACACACCCAGUGGAGACAAUUUUUAAUUGUAGCCGGAUAUUGGCAGCGCGGUUAUGGAAUGCUGAAGUGAUGCCAAAAGGAAUACUGCUGGCUAAUGUUCUAUACGUACUGUCAGUGUGGGCGACCAAAAUGGAUGCCAAUAAAACCGCGCGAAUUUCACUGGAGCGGUUAAGGGACUUACGGCUUCCCAAAACUCUUUAUGGAAAAUUUACGGAGACAUUUGUGCACAACCGUGUCCAACCAUUUCAAGAUCCGGAAAAUCUUUCGGAUUACUGCCAUUCCUGUUCCUCUUUCAGCCCGCUCCUGAACACCCGUAACGGCUACCAUUGCCAGAGUUGCGGCAACGCGCUAACAUAUUGCCAAGUGUCAUUUGAAUAUCUGCCUUUAGUGGAAUUCGUUCUGGCCCCGGGUAUAUCCCAGACCGAAGCUAUCACGUUGAUUGCCGCUGAUCCAUCUUCCGUCCAAGUAUCCAGCCCGUCCCUCCGCAGGCAGCAGGACAAUAUGACCAAUUUCCAAGUGGAGCGUAAAACAAGCGAUGGUCAAGAGGAAUUUUUUGCGGAAUGGAAACGAACCGGUCCGAUUGUGGCCAGCCGAAAAGUGUUACAGCAGCUGAAGGAAGAAGAUGUGGUUGUGUUAAAGUAUUCUUCUCCGCGAAUGUGGCGCUUUUUCCGGAAUAUGUUGUCCGAUGUGGCGCGCGUAGUGACUUGUGAAUCCUGUUGGAAAUUGUUUAGUUAUGAUGACUAUUUCAGUGCGGUACUAGAUUUGGGGUGUUGCCCAUUUUGUAGAGAUGUAAAGCAUGUGAAUAAUGCAGAAAAAGGUUAUAACUGAUUCAUUUCCGGAGUUGUUUUUUCGGUUUACCUACGGGU